AUGGUGAAGGAGGCCAACGUUGUCAUGAAGAAUGCCUUUGUGUUGGGACAAGACACAGUCAAAGCGUGCAGCCGUAGGAAGAAUCCAGACAAGAGUGUCAGGGAUUAUGAAGAACACAUGUUUCCACGAUCCAUGGAGGCGGUGAUCAAGACGGCCAAGAGCAGGGAAGGGGAUUUUAGUGGAGCCGGGGCAAAAGAGUGUAUAUAUAGGUUGGAAGCAUACUGUUCUGGCCAGGGGGGAUAG